AUGGAAACAGGGCCAGAAGACCUCAACAGGAUGCCUGAGGCAAGUUCUCCCAGGCGAACUCCCCAGAAUGUCCCCUACCAGGACCUGCCUCACCUGGUCAACGCAGACGGACAGUACCUCUUUUGUAGGUACUGGAAACCCACUGGCACACCCAAGGCCCUCAUCUUUGUGUCCCAUGGUGCUGGGGAGCACUGCGGCCGUUAUGAUGAGCUGGCUCAGAUGCUGAAGGGGCUGGGCAUGAUGGUAUUCGCCCAUGACCACGUUGGCCAUGGGCAGAGUGAAGGAGAGAGGAUGGUGGUAUCAGACUUCCAGGUUUUUGUCAGAGACGUGCUGCAGCAUGUGGACACCAUUCAGAAGGACUACCCUGGGGUCCCCGUCUUCCUCCUGGGCCACUCCAUGGGCGGUGCCAUCUCCAUCCUCGCGGCUGCAGAGAGACCAGCCCACUUCUCUGGCAUGGUCCUCAUCUCACCUCUGGUUCUUGCCAAUCCAGAAUCUGCAUCGACUUUCAAGGUCCUUGCUGCCAAAGUGCUCAACCUUGUCCUGCCAAACAUGUCCUUGGGGCGCAUUGACUCCAGCGUGCUGUCUCGGAACAAGUCGGAGGUGGACAUAUACGACUCCGACCCACUCAUCUGCCGCGCAGGGGUAAAGGUGUGCUUUGGCAUACAGCUGCUGAACGCCGUCUCGAGGGUGGAGCGCGCGAUGCCCAAGCUGACACUGCCAUUCCUGCUGCUGCAGGGUUCUGCUGACCGGCUGUGUGACAGCAAAGGUGCCUACCUGCUCAUGGAAUCAUCCCGGAGUCAGGACAAGACACUCAAGAUGUAUGAAGGUGCCUACCACGUUCUCCACAAGGAACUUCCAGAAGUGACCAAGUCCGUCCUCCAUGAAAUAAAUAUGUGGCUUUCUCACAGGACAGCAGCAACAGGCGCUGGGUGCCCACCCUGA